AUGCUCUACAAGAACAUCAGUGCCAACGAUGGUUCACGAAAUUUCGUGCUGGUGAUUUUGAUCUCAACGAUGCUGCUCAGUCAGGGAGGUCCCACGGAGAUUGAUGACGACAAAAUAAAGGCAUUGAUCGAGUCAACGUUACACGACACGAGAGAUUGCAGAAACAUUGAACAUCAUUCAAGCGUUCACGACUAUCUGAAGAAGCUGGAAUACGUAAGCAAGCUCGAUAUUUGGAUUCCUUAUGAACUCAAAGAAGUUCAUUUGAUGGCGCGUAUAAACAUCUGCAAUAUGCUCAUCAAACGUGAAGAAAACGAUUCUUUUUUGAAGCGACUGAUAUCUGGUGAGAAGUUGAUUGUUUACAACAAUGUGAUGCGCAAAUGGUCUUGA